AGGUCAAGUCAGAGAGAGCUGAGGCGUUGUGCCGCUCCCGUGCUGGCGUUGGCGUUCCUCCCCUUUGUUCGGCCCCCCUUCCGCCUCCCCCCUCGCCCUUCCAAAGCCACAAACCAAACCCUAGAAUCCCACGGUACCAGGAAGGAACCUUCCGAUCCCCAAAACAGAGCGCGGAGACCGGAACCUACGCAGGUUGGGCAUGAUUCAUUGAACUAUGGGUCGUCUCAAGGCAAGGGCGCGGGAAGCCUCUGAAAGCAAUCAAAAGAAUGAACAUCGCUCCAUAUGCUUACACUCUUUUUCUGAUCUGUCACAUGUUUCUGCAGCUACUUUUAUGUAUCUUCUGAAGGACUGCUACUUCUAUGGAACCCACAAAGCAACCGCAAAGUUCAGGAUCCUUCAGCAGCAGGUUAAAAGGGCAUUAAAUAAUGCUCCUCAGCCAGGCCCAUUCACAUACAUUGUCCAAUGCAUGUACAUUAUACCUUUGUUGGGCCAAAGUCAUGCUGAAGGGUUCAGCCAUAUGUUGAUAUCUUCUCUAAGGCAUUUGAAAUCCGUGGAGUCAGUACAGAAGGAUUUUAUUGAUGCAAAGUGUCUUGCUGCACGGCUUGUUCUCGAUAUCCUUGCUUCUGUUGUACCCCAUGAAGAACGCAUACUGGUAAAGCUCCUUGAGACAUUCGAUAUCGAGUUGAAAGAUAUGGCCCAUGCUUUCUGUGGUUCAGAGUUGGGUGAUGAAGAUCUAGCGGCAGCAAGAGAACAUCUUAAACAGCAUGUACAGUACUUUAUGAAAUCAGAAUCAUAUGUGAGUGCUGUGGCCCUGAUGACACGCUUUUCCAUCCAAUGCUGUGAUGAGUCAUUUCUCAUAAAACUGAUUGGAAGUAAGCAAUACAAGGCAGCAGAGGAGUGGGCAGCUUUCAUGGGGAAAGAAAUGAUAAUUUUGAUAAUUCAAAAGUAUCUAGAUGUUAAAAUGCUAAAGAGCGCGAAUGAGCUGGUGAAACAAUAUGACCUUGCAGAAGAGUUUCCGGAUGUUAAUUAUUUGUAUAAAGAGAGUUCGCUAAAGAAGCUGGCAGAGAAAGGGUGCUGGGAUGUUGCAGAAGUCCGUGCCAAGAAGGAUACAAAGCUGAUGGAAUACCUGGUAUAUCUUGCUAUGGAAGCUGGCUAUAUGGAGAAGGUUGACGAGCUUUGCGAACGAUACUCUCUUGAAGGUUAUGUCAAUUCUUUGGUUCCAGAAGAGGUCAUGUGUCAGUCUGACUACUUAGAGCUGAAGAAAUUGAUUUUAGAAGAGAUUGUUUGGGUUGAUGAGAUCAACGGAUUACUUAGUGCAACAAGUUAUAUUGAAGCUUGUAAAAUUAUUGGUGUGGAUUGCGAAUGGAAACCUAAUUACGAGAAAGGCAGCAGACCUAAUAAGGUUGCUAUCAUCCAAAUCGCGUCAGAUAAGAAAGCUUUCAUCUUUGAUCUGAUUAAGCUGUAUGAAGAUGAUCCUAAAGCAUUGGACUGCUGCUUCAGGCGAAUCAUGUGUUCAUCUAACAUACUAAAACUGGGCUAUAACCUGCAAUGCGAUCUGCAUCAGCUGUCACAGUCGUAUGGAGAAUUGAUAUGUUUCCAGUCCUAUGAAAUGCUACUUGAUAUCCAGAAGCUGUUCAAAGAGACUACUGGUGGUCUCUCUGGAUUGUCAAAGAAAAUAUUAGGAGCUGGUUUGAACAAGACACGGCGGAAUAGUGACUGGGAGCAGCGACCUCUCAGCCAGAAUCAGAAAGAGUAUGCUGCUCUUGAUGCUGCGGUCCUUGUUCAUAUAUUCCAUCAUGUCAGAGGGCAACCUCAGUUUGGUGUAAACGAGGGACGCCAGGUGGAAUGGAAGUCUCACAUUGUUUCCCGGGUGAAUCGUGCACGUAGCCCCAUACGGUUCUAGAACUUCCAGGGCUGCGCAAGGCGACAAUUGGGAAUGAAGUUCCUAUGAGUUCUGACAGCUACAAGCAAGCACCUACUGUUCAGCUUCAUCUUCCAAGGAACCAACCUGUUGAUAGGCUUCUGUAGUUUUCUGGCACCCUAGCUGGUCUCAGUGGCUGGCGUGUGACUCAGUAGUAACCCCUCCCUUGUAAAUAUUACAUGCUUUCGAGUUCGGCACUCUCCCCUCUGCCGCAUUUUGGUUAAUGCAAUGCAGUCGCUGCCACCUGAAACCUGCAUCAUGUUGGUGGUGAGUAUGAAAAUAGUUAAACCA